AUGCGUACUGAGGUUAUCGAGGCUGACACGAUCGAGGUGGCUGCUCAACAGAUUCUCAAUGAGCUCAAGCGAGAUGCUAAUGGAGCAAGCAGAAGAACCAGCAGAAGAGACAAUGUCAUCUAUUUUGACGGCUGGGAUGGGUUGGGGGCAUCUGCUGUCCUCCGAACCGUCGCGGAACGCCUCCACCCAGUGACUAGAGAUUCAGAGGUCCUAGCCAGAGGAUUGCACUUCGAUCAGAUCAUCCACAUUGAUUGCUCCAAGUGGGAGAACAGAAGAGUGCUUCAGAGGGAGAUUGCAAAACACCUGCAGCUUCCCACUAAGGUGAUGGAGAUGUUUGACUGGCAAGAUGAGGAGGACGAUAUCCAUGGUGUGGCCCAGGGCUCCCGGCUUGAGAUACCACAAGUUCUCAGGGCAAUGUUUCGACGCAUAAAGGAGCUGAACCACAGGUUCCUAGUGAUUUUCCACAACGGGAGCAGCGAGGAGAUUGAUCUAUCCAGCUUUGGCUUCCCUCUAUCUGGAUACUUCGACAACAUGGUGUUGUGGACAUUCCAAGGGAGAUUCCGGCUCUACCCUAGGAUGAAAGGGAGAGAUCCACAAGAGCUCUGGUAUGUCCUUGUUCGUCGAGAAGCUGCAGAAGUUGCAGAAAACAACAUCAGAAUCCAUACUGCACAGGUCGCCGAGUGUUUCUUCUUGCACAUGUUGAAGCUAUGCUGCAUGGGUUACAACUUCAAGAUGGACUAUGAUUUGGCCACCCAUGCCUGCAACUACUGGAUGUGUGAAGGCAUCAUGCAGCAGCUGCAGCGGGGAGCUCUUGGAGACACCAACAUCGUCAACACUGACGAUGAUGAAGAAUCAUGGAGAACUGCUGAUGCUUUGCAACGUGAGAUACAACUGGACAUGGACUACUACAACUAUAACCACCAAUAUUUUCCUUCUCACCUGGUAAGGUAUGGCAAGACCAUGCCAUGCUGGACUUCACCUUAUGGGUUUAUUCUGGUCCCAGUUGGUGCCAUUCCUAAUGCGGACAUGUUGCUCCAAGACUUCAAUAAUCUUACAGUGUUGAAGCUCUCGCGCCGCGCCUUCAGCUUCUCAUCACCUCCAUUCCUCUACUACCACAACCUUAAGUUUCUAUGGCUUGACCACUGUGAAGACCAAGAAGUUAGCAGUACAGCCGGUUUCCCUAAUGAAGAGAAGAAGAAAAUCUCCACGGAUAAGAGAGCAUCGAAGGAAGCAGACAUCCAAGGACAAAGCUGUUUUUUCCAGAAGCUGUGGGUAUUGGAUGUGCGCUACACAUGCUCUGAUUGGAUCUUGUCCGCACAGAUGAUGGAUUUCAUGACUCAGCUCAGGGAGCUAAAUGUGACGGGAGCUCAGGAUUGGGAUAUAGGACAGUUGUAUGGACGGCUGCCUAACAUUCACAAGCUCCGUGUAACAAAGUCUUCCAUCCGCUGCAGUAGUUGCUUGGGAAGCUACUUGUUCUCGGAGAUGGACAAGAUGGAGCUCCUCGACUUAUCAGGAAACAGUAUUAGUCCCCUAGCGACGAGCUUUUCUGCUGGUCCUGCGGGAAGCAUCAACAACAACAUUACUGCUAGCAGCGUCGUGACUGUCAUUAUCGACGACGGGUUUGUUGGUUUAAAAGAGAUAUCCUUGAGGGGAUGUGCCAAUCUGAAGAAUCUAUUCUUGAGAGGAGUGUUACAGGAUCUCUACAGCCUGGAUAUAUCGGGCACAGCAGUACAAACAUUAGACCUCAGUGCAACGACGACUCCGAAGCUUGAUGAGCUCUAUCUACUUGGCUGCGACAAGCUUUGUGCAAUCCUAUGGCCAUCACAAGACAAAAGGAAAGAAUACUUGAAUAAGCUGCACAUUGAUACCAGCACACGGUUAGGGUUGACCACUCCACCUGUGGGGAUGAACAUAACAAGGAGGGUAGCUCAAGGUGGACAGCAGGCUGAUGGAAACGAUCAAAUAUUCUGGUACCUACUUACAUUCUGGGGCUCUCAGCUCCCCAAGUUCUUGCACUUGGACUCGUGCCCUAGGCUGAUACAUGUACUUCCCCUGCCCAGGACAGUUAUGGGUCGCUGCCUGAAAAACAUUGUGACCCUCGAGAUCGUGUGGUGUAGUGACCUCAAGGAGAUCUUUCCCUUUUAUUAUUCUGGUGCCGAAAGCAGUGACAAGCAACGGGAGUCAACGUACGAGGUGGAAUUGUCGAGCCUGAAGCAUAUCCACUUGAACGAGUUGCCCAGGCUGCGCAGCAUCUGCGGCGGGAAUGCACGGUUGGGUGCGCCCAACCUCGAGACCAUAAAGGUCAGGGGCUGCAGGAGCCUCAGGCGCCUGCCAGCCGUCAGCUGCACCUACGACUGGAGAAUGAGGGUGGAGCACGACGCCCACAACAGGAGCAAGAAGGUGGAGUGCGACUGCGAGAAGGAAUGGUGGGACAGGCUGGAGUGGGAUGUUGGAGGCCAGGUUCCUGCACCAUCCUUUACCAGCCGACCCACCCACGGUAUUACAAGAAGAGAAUGCUCAGGGGCUCUGGUGCUCGUAUGA